AUGAAAUUUCCUCUUAGCGACGACAGAGCUCAACCGUCUCUCCUUAAAUCACUUUACUCCGAACUCGAUUCAUAUUAUGGUCAGGAAGAUUCUAUCGUCUUCUGUCUGAUUGAGAGGUCAAAAUACCCCAUCAAUUCAGGGCUUUACGAUGAUAAGUAUUCAGACAGAUUUUCGUCUUCUCUGUUAGAAUUCUUUAUUAAGGAAUCCGAAGCUCUUCAGGCAAAGGCUGGCCGUUAUACUUCCGAGGAAGAGAAUGCGUUUUUCCCCGACAAUUUACCAUCUCCAAUACUUCCAUCACAUGAUCAUACACCGGUUCUGCAUCCUCAAGGAGCUUCCAUUAACAUAAAUGAUAAGAUACUGAACGAACUGUACCUCAAGAAUUUACUUCCUCUAAUUGCCGGCGAGGAUGACUUUCUGGAAAGCAACCGUGCUUUCUUCACAGAACAAGGCCAGACAACAACUUUGGACUGUUGA